AUGCCACGCCUAUCUCCCCAGGAGUUCGUCCCCAGCUACCACUCUGCCUGUGGCGCAUCAUACCCACCGCAGCAGCCCGCGUACGCUGGCCCUACGAUCCGGCAGCAAGAUGAUGGUUACGACUUCGCAGACCGCUACGGCCAGCUGGCCAUCGCCAUGCCACCCAUGUAUCCGCAGGCCGGCACCUACCUGAGCAGUGCGCCUCCCAGCCUUCCACCUGCGAGUACCUUCUACGACCCAAUGGGCGCAACUACGCUCCCGCCGAUGCGCGCGCAGUCCGGCCACUCUUUGGCAGAGGCGGCUAUGCAGCAGCAGCGCGUGCACGAGUACAACCAGCGAAUGAAUCAGCCGGCAAAGGAAGAGAAGCCCGUUGGCGGUGUGUCGGCGAAACUGGAUUAUGACAUGGAUAUCAUGACCGACUUCGUCUGCGAGACAGCCCUUCGACUCAUCACGCCCGGUCGCAUGAUGCCUUCGUCUUUCCGCAAGUGGGUACACCAGGUUCUCUGCGCCACGCGGCUGCCCUCAGCAACCAUCUUGCUCAGCAUGUAUUAUCUGUCCAGCAGGAUGCCCAUGCUAGCCCACGAGCCAAAGACCGACACCCACCUGUUCCGUCUCCUUACCAUUGCGCUAGUGCUUGGCAGCAAGUUCCUAGAUGACAACACCUUCAUCAACCGUUCAUGGUCUGAGGUCAGUGGUAUCCAGGUACAUGAGCUGAAUGAGCUUGAGCUGGAGUGGCUUGUGGCCAUCAAGUUCAAGCUUCACCGUGACCCCACGGAGCAACAUGGCUGGACAUCGUGGUCAGAGCAUUGGAAGGAUUACCAGAACACUGCUACAGCACGCUCUGGUCGCAGCAACAAGCUUAGCCCUAUCGACACAUCGGUACAGCGACGCUCGCUCAACCCCAACAAGCCACUCCCUCCUCUACCCAUGCACCAGGCCUAUACUCCACCGUACGACUACGUGCCCAAGUCGGCCCAGUCCGCGUACAACCCUCCGACUUAUUCGCAGUACGAUCCAUGGCGGUCUGCUAGCGAACACUCUCCUGCGUCAGCACCCACCACGGGCCCGACUACCCCAGAGUAUUAUGGUACAACGGGUACUUGGGCUCCGGCUGAAGGUUACUCGCGUCGCACCAUGUUCGGUUUCCCUCCCUUGUCUCAGCCCGCCUCUGCGCAAGCGCACCAGCAACCGUCCAAUUACGGCCCACCCGCCUACUCCACUCAGUACACCCCGUCUGCUUGGAACCAGCAUGGUCUCAGUUGCGGAUGUGCUUACUGUGUGCAGAGGCACCCGCCCUACUACAUGGCACCUGGUUACGGCCCCCAGGCUGUUGCCGUCUAA